UUGAGAGGAGGAGGGCGACGAAGACGAGAGACGAAGAAAGAAAUCACGGAACGCGAGAGGAGGAAAAAACGCUAAACCAACUCAAGUAGUGGCCACGGUUCUUCGGUCGGUCGUGGAGAGUUUGAAAAGGAAAAGGUCCCUAGUAGCCCCAACACCCCGGCCGCACCCCACCGCCUGCCCCGUUAACGGUGUCCUUCCUCCACACCCAGGUCCACAGCAUCCCGGACUCGCGAGAACGGUGAAGAGUGGUCACAGCGUAGAGUCGAGUACGUCAGCUCCCGAAAAAAUCUCGCGAAACUCGCACAACACAGCUCGGACUGCUGGGGGAAAGUGUACCCCCCCUCUUGCUCAUCGAGGAAGGCCCGGGGCGAAAGUACUUCGGUGUGCUCCUUGUGGCUGGCACCCCAGGGGAGCUUACGCUCCAACACGCGCACGAGCCGGAAUGGCAAAUGAUAACAAUGAUAUUAACACGGAUGAACUAACUGCCGGAAGCUCGUCAGCAGCAUCAUCUUCAGCGUGCUCGGCUACCAGCAAGGGUGCUGCUGCUGCCGCGCCAAGCUCGUCCAUAGAAACCAGUGAGAGCGCUAGCGAACAACAAAGCGCUGCACCUGCACCGGCAGAGGUGCCACGUCGUGAGGAGAAUCCUUUCUCCUUCAAGCACUUUCUCAAAUGGGAUGGUCCACUGUCCAGUGGUGGUAGUGGUGGUGGUGGUGGCGGCUCUGGAACCAGUUCUCACAAUCAUCACACUAGCAACGGCGGUGGAACUGUUGGGACCAGCGGUGGAAUAGCAAGCAUCAGUACCAAUGGUAGCAUCAAUCAUAGCCGGAGCACUUCCAACAUCAAUGGCCACGGCACGAUAUCGAACGAUGGCGAGCGAAUGUCAGCGGACGCUCUUCUAGUGAGCGGAGCCGGUAAUGAUACGUCCGGCUUCGCGAUCCCAGCGUCCCUUAACGCUACCACCAGUAGCAGCAGUAGCGUGGCCGGUACGGGGUCACCUUCGAAAUCGGCUACAACGAGCUCGCUGCACGUGGUCAGUUCGACGACGACCGGUGCGCGACCGAAAAUUCCCCAGUUCCAGUCAGUGAAUACGCUUAGCAGCGAGUCGAAGAUGAAGCGAUCACCCCGUUUUCCAUCUUUCGAUUCUCAGUCGAGCCUCUCGGACUUUGCGGCCGAUGAGCUCCGCUUUUCACGACCUGGUGGUGGUGGCGGUGGCGGUAGUAACACCGGUGGUGGCAGUGGAAUUUAUACGAGCCGUAGUAACAGUUCCUUCUGCUCCGGUCGACUGCGGGAUGGUGAACGGAUCGGUGAUGAUUCGUUGACGGGCGUUGGUGGUUACGUGCAGCGAUCAUACUCCCACUAUGACAUCGAUCCCGAUAGUCCGGAUAGGGAUGGGCUGGUGGGUGAUGGUAUCGGUGCUGUGGAGGACGAUGAUCGAGUUGGAUCAUGUGGCAGACUGGUGGGUGCGUCGGCUGAGUUCUCCGCCGCUCUGCCCGAUUUUGUCCAGGAUCAUCUUGUCAUGGAGCAAUGGUACAAUACCCUACCAAAGGGUGCCGGUUCCCGGAGUGCAAGUGGUUCCGGUGGUCCGGUGCUGGCAGAAUUCGAACACGGUCUUGGUGAUUCGGUAGGAAGGGGUGAUGUGCAACCGGCGCUACUGAAUGAUAUGCCGUUUGAUUUGACUGGCAGUAUCGGCGGUGCCGGUGCCGGUCGUUCACGAGCAACCGGUACAUUACCGCUGGAUCUGGAUCCAGCCACUGGGAACGCUGGAAUCGAUCGGACACAACGACGCAUCACGCCUACUCCGUCUGCCGAUUUGCCACCCGAUCUGACGGAAGGUGGAGCGAACGGUGGCAAUCUAGACCCUGGAAGCGGUAUCGGCGGACCAUACUAUUACCCUGGUGGUCAAUCGCCACCACUGGCAUCCGCAGCAUCGGCAGGUACGGCCGAUAAAAUCCACCGUCUGCCGGAUUUCCUCUCCGAUGGGCCAAUUCACUCAUCCGGGCGGUUAGCUGACGUUACACACGAUACACCACACGGCACCGGUUCGGAUGAGCGAGCGAGCCAUCAUCGUCUGCAACAGCAGCAACAGCAACAGCAGCAGCAACACCAACAGCAGCAACAUCAACGAGAACUACACUAUCAGAACCGGCUCGAGAUGGAGCAGAUGGUGAAUGAACGAUUGCGCCGCGAGCUCGAUAGCAGCCGGCGUACGGUCGGAGAGCAGAGCCGGCGUAUUCGGGAGCUGGAGCGGGAUCUCGAAACGAUGGUAUCACUGGCGGGACCGCAGCAGUCCCACCAUCAUCAUUCGUUGACCACCACCAGUGGUAGCAGUGGUUCUACUCAAUCGAACGCCAACAGUUUUAUGCUGGCGAAAUCGAGGGCCGCCACCGCUGAAGCGGAAGUGCAGCGGCUGAAACAGAAGCUUGCCGGCAUGAGCGCUGAACUAGAGACACUGAGGCGUGAGAACGAACGGCUCAAGGAGUGCGAAGGUGCGAUUGGGGGUACUGGUGCGGGCGCCAGUGCAUUACCACGGGGCAGCCCCAAUUCGCCGCAUCAAACGUCACGUUUUCUGCGCUCUCAAACAUUGGCUCUACGACAGGCGGCCGCUUCUGCAGAAAACAAUCUCAGGCAACUAUUGAGUGGAGUCGAGAAUCUAAGAUCAAUGGCAAACGAGAUCGAGAGUUUCAAUGGCACGUUCUCACCGGGGACGCACGGCGAAGGUUCUGGGACACGGAUCGGUGCGUCGAUCAGUGAAACCUAUCACCACAGAGCAGGCGACGAUGGAAACAACGAUGGCGAUGGUGACGAUGAUGAUGACGACGACGACGACGAUGACGAGGGUGAUGAUGAUGCUCUCGGUCCGGCAUUGUAAAAGCCUAAACCCCGCAGAAAUGAUGGGGGCCUCAUAAUCGUACUGGUCAAAUCGGAUUGCCGAAGUAAAACGAAGCUUGUAAAAUCAAAACCGAAAACCCAAAAACCACCCGCAAUCCGGCACACGUCGGGGGUUUGUCGCGGGUGGAGUGAAGGCAUACUGUGUGAAUAUUACAUAUACCUGUAGGCUAGCUUUAGCGCUAUGCAUCAUCUUAAAUCCUCGUAAAUAUGUCUCUGCAACUCAAUCUCCCUCUGCGCUUACACACGCAUUCGUCUCACUCUCUGCUGCAAUCGCUUAAUCAGCCACACUACAGGGUUCGAGGAGGGUCAGCAAGGUGGGCAACGGGAUGGUGCGCUGAACAAGGCUCGAUAGGGGAAGUGAGUUAGUGGCGCGAUCCUUUGCAAUCCUUUCACUGCACAACAACCAAGGAGAACGAAAGGAUCGAAGAAACACCGCGCGGUGAAAUUGAACUCCGAAAAAUCAUUGACGCCUGUUGACGGAGGAGCUACCACGAUGUGAUUUGAAUUGAUUUGAAUAUUGUGAUGUUAUCAUUUAUCUUCGAGUGGAAGCAGUUGCGAAACUGGGGGGCGACGACCGAAACGAAUAAAGGCUACAAAUAUA